AUUAAAAUCAUGGUUAUUACAUCUUUCAAAGUCCUUUUCUUUCUCCUACUUUUCUCUUAUUAUAUCCUGUUUCCUACUAAUGUUGCUAGUGUUAAUAUUCCUGAUUCAGAGAGGCUGGCCUUUGAUACCAUCUUCCAGUUCGGAGACUCGUUGAGUGAUACCGGGAACCUUGUUCUCGAAAAUCCUUAUGGUGCUCACUCCUUUGCUAGCUUUCCUUACGGUCAAACCAUCCAUCACCCUACAGGUCGUUGCUCUGAUGGACUACUUAUCAUUGAUUAUAUUGCCAAUGUUUUUCACCUACCCUUGCUUAGUCCUUUUCUUGAUAGACAGGGUAAUUUUGAUCAUGGUGUUAACUUUGCUGUUGCUGGCUCAACUGCUCUAGAUACCGCGACUUUAAGAGCUAAGAACAUAGUUUUUUCACCUCCUACUAACAGUUCAUUGUCUGUUCAGCUAAGUUGGUUCAAAUAUCAUCUUAACUCUAUGUGUACUAAUCGCUUAGAAUGUGAGAAGAAGGUUAGUAAAUCGUUGUUUGUUAUAGAGACGGGAGGUAACGAUUACAAUUAUGCUUUUCUUCAUGGGAAGACUAUGAAAGAGGUGAAAGAACUGGUGCCUGAAGUUGUUGGAGCUAUUAAAGAAGCUGUCAAUGAGGUUAUUAGGUGUGGUGCAAUUAGAGUAGUUGUUGCUGGAAAUUUGCCUAUUGGUUGUUUACCUGUCUAUUUGACAGCAUUCGAAUCAAGAGACCGAACUCAGUAUGAUGAAUUGAAGUGUUUAAAGGAGAUGAACGCGUUUGCCAUGUAUCAUAAUGAUCUAUUACAACAAGCCAUUAGGGAGCUUCAAAUGGAGCAUCCUGAUAAUGUUGCUAUUGUUUAUGGUGACUACUAUUCGGCUUUGAGGUGGAUUCUUCAGAACGCUGCUGCUCUCGGGUUUGAUGAAGAUAAUGUACUUAAGGCGUGUUGUGGAUCAAGCAAUAAUGCAUAUAACUUUGAUUUGAAGAGGAUGUGUGGAGCUAAGGAGGCGCAAGUUUGUGCUAACCCAACUCGACUCGUGAGUUGGGAUGGAAUCCAUUUGACUCAAAGGGCUUACUUGCGCAUGGCUCAAAGGCUAUUGCAGCAAAUUGUUCCAAAAAUCCUAGAAGUUGUAUAAGGAAUUAUAAAAACAUACAUAAUGUCUUUUUAUGUUUUGAAUUUGCAUUUAGUUAUAUUUUUUUGAGUUUUGAGUCCAUAGAAAAUAAAAUACUGUUAAGCAUUCGAAUAUUGUGAACUUUUCAGUUACAGUCAAAUAUGACCUACUGAUUCUAUAGCACCAUGAUUCUUGGAUGAGUCCUUAUUGAUGAUGUAUAUUAACUGUUAGUUAGUGCAUCAAUGUUCAAUAACAACAACAACAACAAAGCCAUAUCUGGUUAGCCCCGUAUUUGGGGUCAGCUAACAUUAAUC